AUGGCUGAGGUUCUGGAGGGCUCGGACCCCGGGUCGGUGGACCUCGCUGGGGCAGUGGACUGGCACAAACGCUGCCUGGCUCUGGAGAUGCAGCUGCUGCGCUUCAGACUGCAGGCGGGGAAGAUCAGGGAGCUGCUGGCAGAGAAGAUGCAGGAGUUGGAGCAAAGGGUCAUCGAAGCCGACCAGAGAGCGGAGACGGCGGAGAAACAGAUUCUCGUCAUGGAGGAAAAGCUCAAAUCAGCCAAUGUCCAAACCAGCGAAUCAGAGAGCAGCUUGUUCCGAAAGCACCAGGAAUUAACCAAUCAGCUUCAAGAAAAAGACGCAGCGAUUAAACGAUUAGAAACACAGCUGGAAAAACAAAUUGUGGUGAGAGCUCAGGAGUCGAAGAUCAUCGAAGAGAAGGCGGCGAAGAUUAAGGACUGGGUCACGGUGAAGCUGCGAGAGAUGGAGCAGGAAAACCAGCAGCUGAAGACGUCCAAUCAGAAGCAGUCUGAGAAAAUAGUGCUGCUGCAGGACAAACUGCAGAUGCUGUUGGAGAAGGCCCCGUCCUCCUGUGGGACCUCUCCGUCUCUGGACACUCACCAGGUCCCGGUCAGUCCGCUGUUCCCGCCAACCAGCCCUGGGUCACCUGGUCCCGCUGGGUCUCCUCUGCCUCAGGACGAGAGCUGGAGAGCGGGAGGAAGCCGAGGAAACAUGCCCCUGAAGAAGACACUGCUCACAGAUCACAAAAGAUCCCCCGAGUCCCACGCCAAAGCCAAACCCGGUGCGAUCGCCGACAACUCCUCCGACGAACUCAACUCCAAAUUCCGCUCUCACUGCCUCCACUCUUCCUCCUCAUCCUCCUCCUCAUCCUCUGCUUACGAAAUGGCCCACGGUCCAGUCCCCAGUACCCAAACCUCCACGCUGUCUCGCUCUCCCUCCACCAACAACCCCUUCCCCAUCCAGUCCAGCAUGACGCUCCCUAAGGUCCGCACGCCGCUGACUCCCAGAGACAGUAUCCAGCUGGUGAAGAAGCACUACAGCCAGCCACAGCCAGCUCUGGACCGCCUGCACCAGCUGAACGUCACCAUUGACAUCACGUCUUCCUCCACCACCUCCACGCUCAAAAGCACCGGGACCUCGGCGUAUUCGCAGCUGGUGGAGGAGACGGAUAUCGACGACGGGUUAGCGGAUGGUAUGGACGUGGUGGCGGUGGAGGAGGAGGAGAUAGUGGAGCAAGAGGAGUCCGCUGAGAGGAGCUCGAUCCUGGGGUUGGAUCAGGAGCUGGACAGACUGGAUCCGGAGGUGCUCAAACCUCCCACCCCCCCGCUACACAGGUUCCCAUCGUGGGAGAGCAGAAUUUAUGCUGUGGCCAAAUCUGGAAUGAGAGUCUCUGAGGCAACUGCAGGAGUCAGAGGAAGAGGUGUCCCUCAGUUCGCAGCCAGCGGUCCUUUCUCUCAGCUCAUCUACAGAAACAUCAGUGUUCCUGUCUACACCACACUCAAAGGGAAAGCCACUCAGAUCAGCAGUGUCCCUCUCCCUGAUGACGACUCCGGCUCAGAGGACGACAGCAGCUCUCUGGUCUCUUUAAGAACCUCCACUCUCAAUCCAGACACGAAGGGCAGUGUCCCGGGAAGUCCGCGGGCCGUCAAGAGAGGGGUGUCCAUGUCAUCUGUCAGCUCAGAGAGUGACUAUGCCAUUCCCCCUGACGCAUACUCUCUGGACAGUGACUAUUCCGAGCCCGAACACAAGGUGCAGAGGACGUCAGCGUACUCCUGUGAAAGUGCCGGGCCAGAGACGCUGGAGAAGUCUGGUUACCUGCUGAAGAUGGGGGCUCAGGUGAAGGCGUGGAAGCGACGCUGGUUUGUGCUCAGGAACGGAGAGAUCCUCUACUACAAGUCUCCUAGUGAUGUGAUCCGGAAACCUCAGGGUCAGAUCGAGCUGAACUCGUCCUGUCGCAUCAUCAGGGGAGAGGCGGCUCAGACGUUUCAGCUGAUCACAGAGAAGAAGACGUUCUUCCUGACGGCUGACUCUCCCAACAUCCUGGACGAGUGGAUCAGAGUCCUGCAGAACAUCCUCCGGGUCCAGACCUCCAGCUCGCUCUCUGCUCAGACCUGCGCCAAACCUACGGCCCGCGGCUGGCUCACCAAGGUCAAACACGGGCACUCGAAGCUGGUGUGGUGCUGUUUAGUCGGAAAAGUCCUCUGCUACUAUCGAAACAAAGAAGAUAAGCUCCCUCUGGGUCAGUUGAGGCUCAGAGAUGCCUCGGUCCUGGAGGUGGAUCGUUCCUGUGACUCUGAUGAAGACUACGAAGCCGGAGGUCGAGGCUUCAUCUCCUCUCACUUCACUCUGGUGGUCCAGCCCCCAGACCAGAGCCCCACCUACCUCCUCAUCGGGACCAAGCAGGAGAAAGACACGUGGUUGUACCAUCUAGGGGUCGCAGCGGGCGGCAGUGCAGACCUCAGAGUCGGGACGGAGUACGAACAGCUGAUCGGGAAACUGCUGGACGUGGACGGAGAUCCAGAAUCAUCUCUGUGGAGAAACCAGGCGCUCAGCUUCUGCAAAGACGGACUGCGAUCUCCUUUGACCACGCUGCCGUCCGAGGCGCUCCAGACCGAGGCCAUAAAACUAUUCAAGUCCUGUCAGCUCUUCAUAAACGUGCUGGUGGAGGCGCCCUCGGUGGACUACCACACAUCACUGGCCCAGAAUGCAUUGCAGGUGUGUGUGAGCCACCCAGAGCUACACAACGAGAUCUACUGUCAGCUGAUUAAACAGACCAACGAGAGAGCGACACACAACUACGCUCUCACACAGUGUUGGCAGCUGCUGUCUCUGUGUGUCGCUCUCUUCCUGCCACAGCAUCACUUCCUGUGGUAUCUGCGACAGUAUCUCCAACGCCACGCAGACCCACGGAGCGAGGUGGGGAAGUAUGCGGUGUUCUGCCAGCGCUCGGUGGAGAGGACUCUGCAGAACGGAGAGAGAGAAGCCAGACCCUCACGGAUGGAGAUUGUGUCCAUUCUCCUGAGAAACCCGUACCACCACUCUCUCCCCUUCAGCCUCCCAGUGCACCUCACCAACAACACCUACCAGGUGGUGGGGUUCGAUGGUUCUACCACAGUGGAGGAGUUCCUGAACACUUUGAACCAGAGGAUCGUCAUGAGGAAGCCCCAGCUCUCCGGCUUCAGUCUGUUCACAGAUGAUCCAUCAGGGAAAGACCUGGAGCACUGUCUGCAGCCCUCAGACAAGAUCUGUGAUGUCAUUUCUAAAUGGGAGCAGGCUUUAAAGGAGCUGCAUCCAGGGAAGAACGAAGGAACUCGCAUCGUCCGCCUGACCUACAAGAACAGGUUGUGUUUCCGCACUCAGGUGAAAGGAGAGACGGAGAGAGAGCGCCUCCUUCUGGCCUAUCAAGUGAACGACGAGGUUCAACAAGGACAUUUCCCUGUGAACAAAGAAUUGGCCAUGGAGGUGGCGGCGCUCAUGGCUCAGGUGGAGUACGGGGAUCUGGAGCGCCCCCUGGUGUCUGCCUCUGGUUCUCCACAGCCCAAGUCCCAGGUGAUCCUGACACAGGCUCUGGAGAAGUUUUACCCCAAAAGAUACAGACAAGACCUCAGCGUGGAGCAGCUCAGAGAGCUGUCAGAGCGGUUAGCUUCCAAAUGGUCGAUGCUCCGCGGCUGCAGUGGUUCAGAGUGUGUUCGCAUCUACCUCACGGUCGCUCGCAAAUGGCCGCUGUUUGGGGCUAAACUCUUCUCUGCGAAGCCUGUGCCUCCGUCAGCGCUGGAGCAGCCUCAGGUUUGGCUGGCGGUCAAUGAAGACGGGCUGUGUGUGUUGGACCUGACCAUGCGCCCCCUGAUGACACACUUGUACCAGAGCGUGAUCACGUUCGGAGGCUGCAAAGAGGACUUCAUGUUGGUGACGCAGCAGAAGGAGCCUGUGGGAGCCAAGAGGAGUGUGGAGAAGCAGCUCUUCGCUCUGACCAAACCAAAGAUUUUGGAGCUGACGUUGCUAAUGGCAAGUUAUGUGAACCACUGGGCCCCGAGUGUCCCCUCAGCCCCCCACCACAGCACCUGCCACUGGGACACAGAGGGCCCCCACUUCCCCUCCAUGAACUACACCACCAAGGGCCCCACGCUGCUGUGA